AUGAUGUUAAUAUGAAUACACUUUCCACUUAUGUCCUUAUUAAACAUUGUCCUUUAUUUCCAAGCUGGACUUGGAGUUCUAGCCAAUAUGUUUCUCCUGUUUUUCUACACUUUCAUAAUCCUGUGUCACAGACCUAAGCUCAUAGACCUGAUCUCCUGUCAACUGGUCUCUAUCCACAUAGUGCUACUGCUCACUGGAGGGGAUACAUGGCUUACAGACAUAUUUGAGUCACUGAACAUUGAGAAUGACUUCAAAUGUAAGACAACUUUUUACAUACACAGAGUGAUGAGAGGACUCUCUAUCUGCAUCACCUGCCUCCUGAGUGUGAUCCAGGCUGUCACUAUCAGUCACAGUACCUCUUUGCUGGCAAAACUUAAACUUAAGUUAAAAAAAUACAUGACCUAUGCCUUCUUCUACAUUUGGUCUUUCAAUUUGUCAUUCAGUAGCAACCUGAUCUUCUGUGUUGGUGCUUUUACCAAUGUGAGUGAGACCAACCAGAUUAAAGUCACUAAAUCCUGCUCCAUCUUCCCCAUGAACAAUAUCAUCAGGGCAGUGAUUUUAACAGUGACAACCUCCAGAGAUGUAUUUCUUGUAGGAGUUAUGCUGACCACAAGUGCAUACAUGGUGAUUAUCUUGUUCAGACAUCAGAGGCAAUGCAAGCAUCUUCAUAGCCUUAGCCACCUGAGAGUAUCCCCUGAGAAAAAGGCCACCCAGACCAUCUUGCUUCUGGUGGUUGUCUUUGUCAUCAUGUACUGGGUGGACUUCAUCAUCUCAUCCACUGCAAGCCAGUUAUGGAUGUACAACCCAGUCACCCUGACUGUUCAGAAGUUUGUGAUGAAUGCCUAUCCCACAAUUACUCCUUUGGUACAAAUCAGUUCUGAUAGAAGAAUAAUCAAUAUGCUGAGAAACUUGUACUCAACAUGCCAUCAGAUUUUUAAAAAAGUGUAA